UAAUCAUAAAAAAAUCACGUACCUUUCAAGAUGACUUCUGCAAAGAAGGCGGUUUGAUGCACGACCAUUCACAUCCAUGCUAACGUUCAUCAUAGAAAUAUGAACGAUAUUACCGAUACUAUUGACGUUGACACCAUCAUCAACAAGUUGUUGGAAGUACGUGGCAGUCGACCUGGGAAGCAAGUGCAGUUGUCCGAAGGCGAAAUUCGAUAUCUGUGUGUCACUGCACGAGAGAUCUUCAACAGCCAACCCAUCUUGCUCGAUCUAGAAGCACCUUUGAAAGUGUGCGGUGAUAUUCACGGUCAAUAUUAUGAUUUGUUACGAUUGUUCGAGUACGGCGGGUUCCCACCGGAAUCCAACUAUUUGUUCCUGGGGGAUUAUGUCGACCGGGGGAAGCAGUCGCUGGAAACGAUUUGCUUGCUAUUGGCUUACAAGAUCAAAUAUCCUGAAAACUUUUUCAUCUUGAGAGGAAAUCACGAAUGUGCCAGCAUCAAUCGCAUCUACGGUUUUUAUGAUGAAUGCAAACGACGAUACAAUAUCAAAUUGUGGAAGACAUUCACCGACUGUUUCAAUUGCUUGCCUAUCGCUGCCAUCAUCGAUGAAAAAAUCUUUUGUAUGCAUGGUGGUCUGUCACCGGAUCUGCAAAAUAUGGAGCAAAUUAGACGAGUCAUGCGACCCACCGAUGUACCCGACACAGGAUUACUGUGUGAUUUGUUAUGGGCCGAUCCUGACAAGGAUGUCACGGGAUGGAAUGAAAACGAUCGUGGCGUUUCGUUUACCUUUGGUGCCGAUAUUGUCACCAAAUUCUUGCAGAAACACGACAUGGAUCUCAUCUGCCGAGCUCAUCAGGUCGUCGAGGAUGGCUACGAGUUCUUUGCCAGACGACAACUCGUCACCUUAUUUUCGGCCCCCAAUUAUUGCGGUGAAUUUGAUAAUGCAGGCGCCAUGAUGAACAUUGAUGAAUCUCUACUGUGCUCUUUCCAGAUUUUGAAACCAGCAGAAAAGCGAUCAAAAAAUGCAUACGGUGCACGUGGCCGAGGCAAAAAGACGUGAUAAUACGGUCUAAAGCCAGAAAAAUCGAACGUAGGAAAGAAAAGAAAAUACGGGCAACCAAGCAAAUCCCACAAAAAAAAA